AUGCCAUUCAUUGUAAAUGGUGAAGUUGUCAUGAAGAACGACACAACAGUAUAUAAGUCUGUUCAUGAAGCGUUAGAAUAUAUGUUGAAUUAUAAUCCCGAAAGAUUUGACCCAAGCACUACGCCAUGUACAAUGCCCUUUAUUAAGGACGGUGAAAUCGUAAGAGUUCCGGAUUCAACGGUUUAUACUGCUGUUCAAAACAGUUUACAAAACAUUUUAGCGAAUAUCUUUAAUUCAGAAACUACAGAAAUAAAAUUACCAUAUAUAACAGAUGCUAAAGAAAUUAAAUCAAAAACGACAACAUUAUUUACGUCACUUAAUGAUUUAAUGACUUAUAUCAUUAAUAUUCCUGCACCAACUACAGCAUUUGAUCCAAACUCGACGGUUUGCAGUGUACCUUUCAUUAACGACAGUUCAUUAAUUGCUUUAAGGGAUUCGACAGUAAAUGAAUCAUUAAAGGCGUCAUUAAUGAAAAUCAUUGAUUUUAACUCAUUCAUGAAUACAUAUAAUUCAUUCAUUAAUGUUUCAUAUGCUUCUAAAGAAGGUGAGCCAAAAACUAUCAAUAAAGCG